CCAAAGAAACCCUUGUUGGUUGUAGUAAAGCGCCGAGUCACUGUUGACUGAAUGAAAAGUGAAUUUGUUGGUAAAAUGAAAAUGGUGACAAUUAUUAUUUACAAAAAAUGAUUUCCAUUCCAACAUAAUAAAAAAACAACUUUAAAUUCAAUUAUCUUAUUAAACAGUUGUUGAAAUUGAAUUAAAAAUUUGAAAAAACCAACCAAAUCCAUUCAAAUAUAUAACCGAUUUUGUUACCAAUAAACAAACCUUUGACUCAACAGUCACCAGAUUUUAAACUUAAGCUUUUGCUUAUUUACAUUGCAUCUUUUGUAACCAUUUUAAAAGCAGACGUUCUUUCAUUGUCUUUACCUUCACCUUCAUUCUCAUUCUGCUUCAUCAUCUAUAUCAUCAUCAUCGGAAUUUUAUUUACGAUUUCAUUCUUUUCCUGUAUUUAAUUAUUGAUUCUGUUGUGUCAAGUAUUUAACAAACAUUUCCCAAUCUAUUAUAUUCAGUUUACAUUCAAUAUGAUUCCUUGUUCACCAUGUUAUUUGGUUGUGAUCUUCUUGUGUUUCAUCGGCUGUUAUGCUUUUCCUAAACAUUUCGUGGAUUCAGAUAAACUGUUAUUAGCAUCUGCUGACAAUCAAUUCCAAUUUACACAAAAGGAACAAUCAAAUCGAAAACCAGAACCAUUUACGUUUAAACAUCAUAAUAAUCAGGAGCUUAAUCUAGUUCUUCAAGACAUUAAUAAACGUUGCCCUGAUAUAACUCAAUUGUAUGAACUUAAUUAUCGAAGUAUCCGAGGCUGGCCUUUAACUGUUAUUGAAUUAUCUGAUAAUGCCGGAAGACAUGAAUUUUUGGAACCCGAAUUUAAAUUCGUGGCCAAUAUGCAUGGUAAUGAAGUUCUGGGACGGGAAUUGUUAUUAAAAUUGGCCGAUUAUUUAUGUGAACAAUAUCAUAAAAAUGAUGAAAUAGCUUAUUUAUUGAAUCACACUCGAAUUCAUAUAUUACCUUCAUUAAACCCUGAUGGUUGGGAUGACGCUACAAAGAAUGGACCUGGUCAAGAUUGGUUAUACGGUCGUGCUAAUGCUGCUGGUGUUGACUUGAAUCGCGAUUUUCCCGAUCUUGACAAUGUUGCAUACCGAUCUGGUGAUAAAACUGAUCAUCUUUUCAACGAAAAACUAAUCGAUCACAACAUGCAACCCGAGACAAAAGCUGCUGUUGAAUGGAUCUUAUCCAAUCCUUUUGUUUUAUCAGCUAACCUUCAUGGUGGAUCUUUGGUUGCUAACUAUCCAUAUGACGAAACACCGGACGGUAGUGCAAGAAGAUAUGCACCUUCACCCGAUGAUGAUACUUUCAGGCAUUUAGCUCAAGUUUAUGCUCGAAAUCACAAAUCGAUGGCUUCACCGACUCGACCUAAAUGUGAACCAGAUGAAGAAGAUUUCGGUAAACAAGGAGGAAUCACUAAUGGGGCAGCAUGGUACAGCGUUACUGGUGGAAUGCAAGAUUUCAAUUAUCUAGGAUCUAAUGAUUAUGAGAUAACAUUGGAAUUAGGCUGUGAAAAAUAUCCAUCACCUGAUAGUCUGCCAAAAGAAUGGGAAGACAAUAAAGCAGCUCUGAUUGAAUAUAUUUGGCAGUCUCACAUUGGUGUUAAAGGAGUUAUUAAAGAUAGUCGAACAGGCGAAGCCAUUCAAGGAGCCCACAUCAAGGUUAAAAAUGUAACAUCCGGAAGAAACCAAGAGAUUGAUCAUGACAUUGUUUCAGUUGCUUCUGGGGAAUAUUGGCGAUUAUUGACUCCAGGCCAAUAUGAAAUCUCUGUUACCAAAGAUGGAUACGAACCUUCAACCAAGUUGAUUAAAGUUGUAAAUGAACCUCAUAAAGAAGCCCAAAGAGUUGAUUUUAUUUUGACACCCAGCUCAGAUGAAUUUGCAUUAGAAUCGAUGGCAAGUCAAUUCCCAUAUGGAAUGGAUCGAAAUGAUCCACAGAUGCUUAAAUACUUACCUUAUAUUCAACCAAAUGGAGAAAAUAUUCCUAGCCGUGAAAUGGAAUUGGAGUCAGCUUCUCCUUAAACCUUUCCAUUUGAAACCUGGAUCAAAUCAUUAUGUUCACACCAAUCAAUUAUUAUUUUUACCACCAUAAUUAUUUCUUUAUCUUCAAUUUCAAGAAUCGACACAAAAAAAAGAAAUUAAAACAUAUUUAUUCAUUGUUUCCCCCAUUUUUCUCAUGAAUUAUCUCUAUGUUUGUUGUUAUAUUAUUUUGCUUUUUCAAAGUCUAUCGAUUUAAUUGUAUUUAAAUAUGUUGAACAAAAAAUAUUUCAAGUUUUGUUCCCUAUACUUAUUGUUGAUUGAAACUUUACUGUGUUUUCCAUUAUUUCAAUUAUAUUCAUUGUAAGAUUAUCUCUUCAAAACAUUUAGAGCUGAAUUUUUCUAGUUAUUUUAUUCAACACAAAUCAGUGAACUCAAUAAACGGAUUCAACAAUUACA